AUGGAACUUGCGUCUUCAUCACUGGUCUCAUCUCCUGCUCGACCAAGCAGUCCUACUUUCACCAGCACUACAUCAAGCAGUGCAACCCAUGUAGAAUUCACUCCCUUGGAGUUUUUUAAGAAGGCCGACCACCCUGUCUCUCCCCAUAUGGCCACUGAGCUCUUAUCUGGCUCCGACUGUUCACUUUCCCCCAAACUGUCCCCCUGCCCUUCAGGUUCUCCAAAGGUUCACUUCUCCCCAGUAGAAGAGAUCCCGUACCUUCCUGAUGUAAAGGAGAGCCUGUUGUAUCAGCCUGGUGGUUCACAGUCACCAAAGUCGCCUUCUCGGGCAGCUUACUUGCGUGAGAAGUCAUCCAAGAGACAUGUCCCAUACCCUCACAGGCCAUCUGCACUGGAGCUUCAGUUUGCAAACCGCAUGACAGGGCGAGUAUGCCAGCCAGACUUUACGCCUGAACAACUGCAAGAGCACGAGGACGCGAUAACCAGUGGUCUAUCACGGAUGAGCUUUGACACUUUGUACAAAGUGUUCAAGGCACUAUUUGCUAGUCACAAGGCUGUUCGCCAUGAAGUAGCAACAUCGUUAUGGGAGGUUGAAGCCUCAGAGCGCAUGACAGCAUUCAAUCAGGCACUUCACCAGGAGAACAAAACCCGACUUAAUUUGAAGGACAAACAGCUGAAGAAGAUUAGGAACUACUUUUCCGAGCGUGAGCCCACAGAAAUCGACGACAACACAGAUUACAAUCAAGCCGUCUACAACAAUGAAUGCGAAAUGCUUCGUGCCAUCACCGCCCAAGCAGAGAUAAUCUCAAGACGCCUGGGCUCACGCACUGGGCGUGAAUUAUUAGCGUCUACUGGCGAAGCUCCCUACCUCCCUCGUUUUGUGGAUGCUUUGCAUAAUAGGGACAGCAUCACACGUGCGCUGCGUAGUGGUUUCGCGGAUGCUGGUACCGACACCGAUACUGACACCGAUAGCGAUUUCAGCGAAGAUGAUGAUUACAACAGGCGGCCGGGCCAGCAGCGCUCAGACCGUGGCCCUCAGCAAAAAACUAAGGCCAAGGUUCCAAAACCACCGCGAGGUUCUGGCCUCAAUCCAUCGGGCGAACCGGCGACUGACCAGCUUCGUAUCCCUACUGAACAACCACAGAUGAGCUCUUUCACCUUCGAUGCGCAUGCGCCCAGUGCAGGUUGGCAAGGUGAUACUGAUAGUGGACUUCCCACUCAGAUGAGCGCCUCGAUGCAUAGCUGGAGCAUGCAGGACACCAACUUCAAUGGCCGUUUCUCUCAUGGCACUUCGUCUUUAGAGGAUGACGCCGGCUUCAAUGAUCACCGUGACACGAGCGCAUCGGAGGCGACACUCAUACAACGAGGGGAAAUUCCACACACGAAUGUGAUGCACGGAGACAAAGAGGGCGCUUCCGGAUCCAUUCUAUCUACAGCCGAAGCCUCGACCUCACAGACUGUGAUGUCUGAGUCAUCGAUAGCUAAACCCUCGCCUAUCAAGCUAACGGAGGACAUUAUUGUCCAGACCGUGAAAACAGCCAUGAAAUUGGUCACGCAUGAGUUAUUCGGGGAGCAAGUGAUGUCGAAUGACAAAACCGCAAAGAAGGAUAUGUUGACCCGGGUGAUCUGGGAUUUGGUACCACGUUGUUUUGGGCCUAAUGCUACGUUUGAAGAUUUUAUCUGUAACAAACAUCGUAGAGACGUAGCAAAUGCAUUGUCGAUAAUGCGCGGGAAGUUCGCUGAAUUCGCGCGCGAGGGCGUCUUCAACGGGUACCGACUUUUCCCUCCACGGCACAGUGUCACGCCUCCCAUCACCUAUCGCCAACGCGUAAUCCAAAAGAUUACAACCGAUGCCGAUGGACUUGUUUUCAUGCACAUCUACACUUUUGACCAAAACGGGCAAGUUGAAAUCAAGGCGAAGUUCCAAAACCCUUUCGUCAUAUCCAACGCCAUCCGUUUUGUUUGGUUUGGGUCCCACCAGGAAUUUCUUGGUGACACAGAAGAGCAGCAAAUCGAACGUUUGAAAGUGAUCUGGGCGCUCGCCAGCGCUGCGACAUUCUGCAGUCUAGACGAACAGUCAGACGCUCAUGUGAAAGUUGAUCGUUUUGGUGGAUCGGCGUACAGUCGCAAGUUCGACGCCAUUCUAGCCGCGAUCAGAAACCUCACCGAGGACGAGCUAGCAGAAUUUCACGAUUUUCUACAGUAUGUGUUAGUAGUUGGACCAACACAGGCACCCUCAUAA